GUUCGACUGAUUUCUGGUCUUCUGGCCGUUUUUUUAAAAAUUAGAGCGUGUUUCGGCGCGCGCGUACGCCAAGACGACCAGGCGUUUGCCGGAUACAGCGGCCCCUCCAUCCCUGGCCGUUUGCCGUUCUUUGUUAGUUUAGAGCAUCUCUCAACUUACAAGACGCACCCAGAGGACGCCAAGCAUCUCAGUCUCAUCGCUCCAACCCUUUUUCAUCCGGUUAUUGUGAACUUUGCUGAACUGAUGCAGGCAAGAGUCCAGGAACACUUCCCAUCGCCAGGUUUAUCAGGCACAUUUCAAGCAUUUCGAGUGCUUCAGCAGCUGCCAUGGCCCUCGAAUUCCCCAUUCAACCUCCGUCUAGCUAUGCGGGAGAGAGUGAACCUGUAAAACGGCCAAAGGAGUUUGCGUGCUUCUCAUACGACAAAGACCACAAGUUUCGCUUGGACGACUCAUCCCUAAAAUGGUACUAUCCGCCGGUGGUGGGCGCCAACCUGUCGAACGGGUACGAUACGUUUAUCAAGCAUGACGAAUCGAAGGAUGAGCACCUGGACAGCCUCCUCAAAACCAUAGCAAGCCACGAACAACAAACUGGCGGGCCGAUAGAUGCACACAUCGUCACCUGGAGAGGCAUGUUGACCAAGAUCAUGGCUACGCCUUAUGAUGACGAGGGGUUUGAGAUGAAUGCUACCCUCUACCGAGAUUGCAUAUUUAUCGAAGAGAACCAUGCCUUUAAGGAACAAAAGCGGCAAAUCGAGAUCGCCAGGGACCAAAAGCGGCAACAGGAGAACAACCGAAGGGGGCACUGGAAUCCACCUUCCGUGAUGCAAUUUUGGGGGUACAAAUUCGAAACCCUCAGCACAAUACCACGGCCAUGGGGCGAGACAACGAGAGAAUACAUCGAAAGCCGAGACGAUGAAGUUGUCAGCAACAAAGAGCAGUAUUGCUCCGUCGUUCGGACGGGGUUCGGCAAGUCUGUAGUCUGUCUCGGAGGCGAAGUCGACGCCAUCUGGGAUGCAAAGCCAGAGACACCAGGACAACCCAUCAACUGGGUAGAACUUAAAACGAGCGCCGAGAUUCGCAGCCAUAACGACCAAUUCAAAUUCGACCGGAAACUCAUGAGAUACUGGAUCCAGUCCUUCCUCCUUGGCGUUCCCAAGAUCAUAGUCGGCUUCAGGACCCAAGGCGGAAUACUUAGCCAGGUCGAAGAGUUCAAGACCCUGAGCAUGCCGGAGGAUGUCAAGCGCAGGAACACAGCGAAGUGGGACGGAAACGUCUGUAUCAAAUUUACCAGUCUUUUCCUUGAAUGGCUCCGCCAAAGCAUCAGUGACGGUGGCGUGUGGAGGAUCAAACGGGAGAGCAAAUCGGCCCACAUCGAGCUGUUCAAGGUUGAGGAAGUCGGCCAUGGCAGCAUCAUCACAGACGAAUUCAUGAACUGGCGGAUAAAGCUCUCACUCCCCAAGACCAACCCACCAGACCCCGAGCCAUCACUAGCUGAAGAGCCAACACCGGAACCGGUCGUUGCGCCUGGGGCAUAGUGGGUGGAGAUAGUGUAUCUGGAUGUACUGAUAAUUGGAUAUGGGUUCCCAGAGCCGGGGGAGGGGUAGGUAUUUUGGACUGUUCCUAUCCCUGAACGGGGCAAUUCCGAGCAUGUAACCGAGUUUCCUCACGAAGGGAACAUGUCACAACACAGCGCAUGCGAAGUGAACCAAGU